AUGGCGGGCAAAUCGUCCAAACAGAACUACACGGCGGACGGCCGCAAGGUCUACGUCCCGCAACACAUGAAGCCCCCUGGCAGGUUCGACGGCGUUAAGAAGACUUUCGCCAAACUCAGCCCAUCGGCGAUGUUUGCCAAGAAGCCCAAGCUGCCCAUGGCUCGGACGGUCAUGGUGAAUCAGACGUUGCCGACGGGUCCGGAAUGGCGGGAUAAAAAGGGGAAAGCUAUGCGGAACAGGAUCUACCCAACAAACCAGAACAUCACGUCCAAGUACACGGUCAUCACGUUUCUGCCUCGAAACCUAUUCGAGCAGUUCAGGCGUAUUGCCAACGUCUUCUUCCUGGCCAUCGCUAUCCUGCAAUUCUUCCCCAAGUUCGCUACCGUUUCCCCUGGUUUGGUCAUCCUUCCUCUGUUGGCUGUAUUGGCUAUCACCGCGCUAAAGGACGGCUACGAGGAUAUCAAGCGUCAUCAGGCCGAUCACAAGGUCAACCACACUAUCGUCCACGUUCUCAAAGGUGGUGACGGGUAUGACAACAACCCCCUCUCGUUCCACUCGAACAGCAGUCUCACCGAAACCAAGCCCGGAUAUCACAACUACAAUGCCAUGGCUCACAAGGACAAGACCUUUGUACCUGCGAUUCCCUUGCCAAAGGGCAAGAAGAGAAAGGCAAAGAAGGGACAGGAGGAGGAUUUGGCUACCACCGACGCCCUCAGUGAGGGUGUCGUGCCCGCAGGUGACAAGGACUGGCAAGCGGCGCGUCCGUCCGGACUCAGCUAUGAUGAAGGCGGACCAUUUUCCGACUCGAACGGCGAAACCCCCAAGGAUGUCGUCAACAGCCCUGCGUCUGACCCAGACUGCUUCGACGACAUCAAGACGCUCGGUUUCCAACAGACCAUCUGGGAAGAUGUUAGGGUUGGAGAUUAUGUUAAAAUCUACGAUAACGAGCCGAUCCCCGCCGAUAUCGUGCUAUGCUGCACUUCCGAGGAGGAAGACGUCUGUUUCAUCGAGACCAAGAACCUGGAUGGAGAGACGAACUUGAAGUCUCGACACGGUGUCCCUGAAUUGACGCACCUCCGCACUCCCGCCGCUUUGGAAAAGGCUCGUUUCCGCAUCGACGCCGAACCUGCUGAUGUCAACAUGUACAAGCUUAACGGAGCGGUCGUACUGACUGACGAGAACAGACAGCAAACGGACGAGGCGCCCCUGGUCCACCCGAUCACCCUCGAGACGACCAUCUUGCGAGGUUGCGUCUUGAAGAAUACUGGCUGGAUCAUCGGUGUCGUGCUUUUCACUGGUACUGAUACCAAGAUCAUUCUCAACUCUGGUGGCACACCUUCCAAGCGGUCCAAGGUCGAGAGGCAGAUGAACCCUCAGGUCCUGCUCAACCUGGCCCUCCUCGCCGUUGUCGCCAUUGUAUGUUGCAUCGUCAACUACACCAACGAGAAACGAUGGAACGAUCAACAGGCGUACUGGGAGCUGUUUGCCGAUCAAUCGGACGAUAACCCUAGCUUCAACGCUUUGAUCACGUUCCUCAACGCUUUUAUCACGUUUCAGAACAUCGUUCCGAUUUCGCUCUACAUCUCCAUCGAAUUCGUCAGGACCGCCCAGGCCGCGUUCAUCUACUGGGACCAUGCAAUCAAAUACGUCAAGAACGGAGUCACCACCAGGACGACCGCUAGAUCUUGGACUCUGUCGGACGAUCUUGGUCAGAUCGACUACGUCUUCUCAGACAAGACUGGCACCCUAACUCAGAACGUCAUGGUCUUCAGGCAGUGUUCCGUCGGGGGCAAGGUUUACACUGGCGACGAACAGGUUCCUGAAAACACAAUCGUGGACGGCAAGCAUAGCAUGGAGAAGAGUGAUGUACCAUCUCAGACCUCAUCCGACACGCCUUUGGCCAAGAAGCACGACUCGGUCUUGACCGACGGCGACAAGCCGAAAGUUGCUCUAGCCAAAGAGGUUCUCGCUCCUUUCCACGAUCCCGAGCUGCUUUCCGACAUGAACGACACCGAGACCGAGCAGUCCCGACUUCUACAUGGUUUCUUCGCGGUGCUCGGUCUGUGCCACACAGCUCUUGCGGCCGAGGUGCAGCCUGGUGUCAUCGAGUACAAGGCUCAAUCGCCUGACGAAGCUGCCCUGGUCCAAGCUGCUGCGGAUGUCGGCUUCAUCUUCCGAGGUCGGGACCGCAAUAUCAUGAAAUUGAGCACGCCCUUCUCGGAUACGCCCGACGAGUACGAACUUUUGCACGUACUGGAAUUCAACUCGGCAAGGAAGCGUAUGUCAGUCAUCUUGCGUAAACUCGACGAGGACAACAGGCUAUUCUUGCUCUGCAAGGGUGCCGACAAUGUCAUCUUUGAGCGUCUUGCACCCGGAAACGACGAGAUCAAGAAGAAGACCGAUUCAGACUUGCAGUACUUUGCCGGGGAAGGUCUGCGAACCCUCUGCCUCGCCUACAGGGUACUUGAUGAGGGAGUUUACGAGGAAUGGCAAAAGCAGUUCCACGAGGCCAGUGUUGCUCUGCAGGACCGUGAAGACCGAAUCGAGACUGUAUCUGCCGCCAUUGAACGCGAUCUUGUCCUGUUGGGUUCCACCGCGAUCGAGGACAAGUUGCAAGAUGGAGUCCCCGAAACUAUUGCUGACCUCAAGCGAGCUGGUAUCAAGGUCUGGGUCGCCACCGGGGACAAGCUGGAGACCGCCGUUGCCAUUGGUUAUACAACCAACCUCCUUACCAAAGAUAGCAACAUGAUCAUUGUGCGCGAGGGACGAACCGAGAUCUACGACCAAUUGAAGAACGCAAUCGAAGGGUUUUUCGGCGAAGAAGUGCGGGAGAUGGAUAGCUCGGGGAACUUGCAGCCCAUCAACGAUAGUAUCGGUGGACACGAACUUCGACGUCUAGACACCGGCGUAACAUCGCUCGUCGGCCGGGACAACGGGACGCGAACUGGAGGUCAUUCGCUCGUUAUCGAUGGAGGAGCACUGCGCCAUGCUUUCGCCGACCCUGCGACCGAAGAAUUGCUUUUGCAUCUCUCUACCCAGUGCAAUACUGUCAUCUGCUGCCGUGUCUCGCCUUUGCAAAAGGCCCAGAUCGUUCGCUUGAUCAAGGACAACCUCGGAGUGAUGUGUCUCGCUAUCGGUGACGGGGCAAACGAUGUCAGCAUGAUUCAGGCGGCAGACAUCGGAGUCGGUAUUUCGGGAGAGGAAGGUCUCCAAGCCGUAAACUCGUCGGAUUAUGCGAUUGCGCAGUUCCGAUACCUCAAGAGACUCCUUUUCGUUCACGGGCACUGGUCCUAUCUCCGUAAUUCCAACAUGAUCCUUAACUUCUUCUACAAGAACGUCAUGGGUGUGGGAGUCCUGUUCUGGUUCCAGAUCUACUGUGGAUGGAGUACCACCUACGUAUUCGAGUACACCUACUUGCUGUUCUGGAACAUUUUCUGGACUCUCUUGCCGGUCAUCGCCCUCGGCCUGUUUGAUCGCGACAUAGAUGCCGACAGCUUGAUGGCCUUGCCCGAGCUGUACAAGGUUGCCAAAGAGGGUCACUGGUUCGGACUCCGUCGCUUCGGUUACUUCAUGCUUCAAGGAGCAUACCAGUCCGCUGUAGUGUUCUUCUUCAUUAACUACGCCUAUACCACCACGACCGCCCGAACUGACGGCUACAACCCAGGACAGUACGAGAUGUCAACCGUCAUGGUAAUCGGUGCUGUUAUGGUCUCCAACGUAUUCACCGGAUUGUACACCGAAUCGUGGAAUGUAUGGGUGUGGGUCGCCGUCCUCCUUGGACCUGUUCUGAUCUGGGUUUACACGGCCAUCUAUUCGAUCAUCCCUCCCGAGACCUUUGCAACUAAUGCCUACGGAAAUGACCACUAUCUCUUCCGCUCUGCUCUCUUUUGGUUCGGCUGGAUCUUUGUUUUCCUACUUGCGCUUGCGCCUCAAUACAUCGGAAGGUUUAUCAAAAGGACAUAUCGACCAACCGAUAUCAAUAUCAUCAACAAUAUCAAGAAAUACCAUCCCGAAAUUGACGUCGCCACGCAUCCUCAAUUGGGCGGGCGGCCGGAAGUCAACACGGGACCUCAAGAGCCACCGGCAUCGAGGCCGUCAAUGUCACGCGGUGUGUCCGAGAGCAAUAACAACGGUCUGCGGCACUUUGGCGCGGCCGACCGUGAUGCGCUCCCGGAGAUGACCGGUCGACCGUCCUACUCUGAAAACCGAAGAGAUGCUCUAGGACGCAUGCAGCCCUCGUCGCUGCGGGGGUCCGAGGUUGAUAUGUCGAAUGGUCUUCGACGGAUAGAGUCGCGGGGAUUCGACUUCGAUGUCGAGGAGCGAUCGAUUGCCGUUCAACGGCUCAACUCGCGUUUAUCGCAGUUCUCAGCGAUGAGGAGGACACAGUCUCCAGAGGUCGACCGAUCAAACGAUUCACCGACAAAGGCAAGACUUAGGGCCGGCAGCAUCGGGGCCGGCCUUACUUCGCUGAGAAAUCGAGCAGGAUCGGUGCUCAAGCCGAAGAAGGGCUUCUAUGAUCAAACUCGCGCGAUGGAUGGAGAACGAGGCCCCAACGAAGCGCCCUGA